CUCUCAUUGCUCUGUUCUCUCUCUCUCUGAUAAUAAUAAUCUCAUUCUUUUCUGAAAGCUCUCUCUCUCUGAUUCAUUCUUCUUGCUGUUGUUUCGUUUUCAUGGAAUCACCGCGCACUCCGAUUUCAUCGCCAUCGUCCCUCUCGUCGGUAACUCCUUCACCUCGCACUCCUCUAUGUGAAUCUCCGAUGAUGGAUCAUACUCCUCCGAUUUCACCUCGCACUCCGAUUUCAUCGCCAUCGUCGGUAACUCCUUCACCUCCUCGUGCACCCAAAAAAAGUAAUAAGCAACGAAUGAUAUAUUCUACCCCGAUGCUACGCUUAAUGGAUCGAAUCAUUCAAGAUGGUGAAUUGUGGUUGGUUGAGUAUCGAAGGAAUCAGAACACCGCUCAACUCAUCGAAAACGAGAGAAAGAGAAAAAUCAAAAUUUUGAUGUCACUUCGAUGAUAGUAACCCUUUCACAAUUAUUUCUCUCUUAUUAUUCCUUUUCAGAUAUGACAUAUAUAGAUGCUUUCUAUAUCAAAAUGGGUAAGGAAAAAGGGUAAGAUUCCAUUGUUAUUUUUUGACAUAAUAUAUAAAUGAUGUUUUCUAUAUGGAAAUAGGUGAGUUCAUUGCCACUUCCUCCUUCUCAGGCUGGUUAGUUUUCAAUUUCAUUUCUAUAAAGUUUUAAACUUUCUUCUUUUUAGGUUAUAAAAAUUGUGUCUUUGGUUAUGUGGUUUUAAUUUGGGUAAUUUCAUUUAUCUAUUUUUUGUUUCAGAAAAUGUGGCUUUUGUUUAUUUGUUCUAUUCUUUUUGUUGAUGAUUUAUGUUCUUGAUUGUGUUUUCGUGUUUGGACUUUUGUUUAUUUGGGUAAUUUCAUUUAUCUAUUUUUAGGUUUCAUUUUAUGUUAAUUAACAGCCUUUCCAGAAUGUUUUUCAGUGACCCUUUUACCUUAUGAACAUGGAGCAAACUGAGGGAGGGAUGAGAAGUGAAAUUGAUGAUUUAAGUUUUUAACUUUCUUAGACAAGUUAAGGGCAUUAAAAAAAAUCUUCUGCAUGUGUGAAAAAUGAUGAUAUGUAUCAAGAGUUCUUCCUAGUUUUGAUUGUUUCAGCUUUGACUGAGUUUCUAUUUUCUUUUAUUAUGCAAUUGUGAUUGAUGAUAUGUUGGAGAGAAGAGAUAUAUAUAUAUAUAUAUAUAUAUAUAUAUAUAUUUUUACCGAUAUUAUUUUGUUUUUGUUUGAAUCCAUAACUACCUUGAUUGUCAGAGUCAAUGCAGGUACUACAGCUUGUGUAGGAUAAAAAUCAGUCUCGUCUCUUCAGGUCAUUAGAGAAAGGAGCAGAAGAUACUAUAAGAGGCUAAGAGGGUAAUCAUAUCGGAAACAGAUCUUCCUCGUGACUUAGGUUGCUUCAAAUUUUAAACAAGUCUGGGAUACAUUAAAAAAAAUUAUUAAGCUAGGGAAUAAUUCAAUUGGAGCCCAUGUGAUCUCUAUGCCCUCAAGUAUUAACAAGGAUUCUGUUCUCACUGAUAGGGUAAUAAUAUCGGAAACGAUUCUAGAUCUCGUUAUUGAAGUUUUCAAUGGGAUACAUUGCUUGCAUAUGUUCUAGCUUCAAUAUCAUGUCCUUUUUCUGUUGUACUUACAUAUAAAACUUUAUGGUCUUUUUUUGGUUGCAACUUCAAGCAUCUACUGAUCAAGAAUUGAACCAAGAAAUUCCUCAUUUCAAUCUACCAUCGAAGAUUUUAUGCCGUGUUGUUAAGGUUCAGUUGCUGGCUGAGCAAGAAACUGAUGAGGUUUAUGCUUAUCUUGCUUUGCUUCCAGAAUCAGAUAUAUGUGACGCAGUUGCUGUGGCUGGAUUACUAAAUGCAACUCUUGUUAUUCCAAUAUUUCAUUUAAAUAGUGUAUGGAGAGAUUCAAGGAUAAAGAAACUGGCCACUGGAGAUUCAGCUGCAUCUUGUCCUUUCCAUGGAGGUCUAUUCUUUCCGCAACUGGAUACAGAAUAUUACUUUUAUGCCCAAUCAGGAAACGUAUGCAGGCGUGCGGAGCAUUGGAAUGUUCCAAAAUCGGCUUUGUUCAAGCAAAUUCUAAGGCCUGGCAAGGGAUUUGGCUUAAGAGAUUAUGUGACUAGGUGGUUGAAUCCAGUGUCAUUAAAUUUACAAAGAUUUUGUGGCAAUGCCAACGUUUCGUUAUACACACCUAAACCUGUGUGAUAUUAUUAUGUCCUAGGAGCUUGUGACAUAGUAGGAAUAUCCUGUAUAUGUGUGGUUUACCAAAUUAAUUAGGACUGUGAAUGUGGUUUUGUUACCAGAAAAAGAAAAUAGAGAAAAAGAGUUUUUUUUUUUUCCUUUUCUUUUGUUACUUUAAAGUUAAGUUUCUUUUUUGAUGAACAUAAAAUAAUGUAAAGUGAAGUUUUUUUUUUUUUUAAUUAUUGAUAGAUUAUUCUGUACAAUUUUUGGCCCUAA